AUGUAUUCGUAUUCAAUAAUUAUUCCUGAUUAUCGUUUAGAUAUUGAAAAUCAGGAAGAUUUGGUAGAAGAAAUAGUUCGCAUCUACGGCUAUAACAAUCUCCCUAGUUCUUUCCUUUCUUUCCAGCAAAACAAAAUAACUAUUGAUAAAAACCAAACUUAUCGUGAGUUAAUUCGGCAAAAAUUAGGUAAUUUGGGUUACCAGGAAAUUAUUACUUAUUCCCUAGUUUCCCAAGAAAUUAAAAGUGAUUUUUGUUCCCAAACGGAAGAUAAGUUUUAUUGGUUACUAGUUCCUAAAAGUGAAAAUCGUGUUUAUUAUCGGCAAAGCAUUCUCCCUAGCCACUUAAAAACUGUUGCUUAUAAUUUAACCCACCAAAAUGAAAAUCUUUUUUUUUUCGAGAUUAGUAAAAUUUACUCCCCUGACGAAGAAGAGAUUUUGGUUUUAAGCGGAACAGGAAAAAUCAUUACUAAUCCGGUUCAUAAAUUAGAACAAGAGUAUGAUUUUUUUUGGCUAAAAGGAGCAAUAGAAAGAGUUUUUCAAACUUUAAAUAUUGUUGAUAAAAUUAAUUUUGUUCUUUCCCAAGCCGAAGAAUUACAUCCUUAUCAAAAUGCCGAUAUUUGGCUAAAUCAAGAAAAAAUUGGCUUCCUUGGAAAAAUACACCUUCCAGUGAGCAAAAAAUACCAAAUCGACCAGCCAGUUUUUGGAGCACAAAUUUCUUUAAGUAAGUUAUUUUUUUUUCUAGCAAAAGAUAAGCAACAGAGUUAUCAAAUUAUUUCGCCUUUUCCUAAAAUUGAGCAAGAUUUGUCAUUUAUUUUCGCAGAAAAUGUUCCUGCUGGAAAAGUUGUCGAAAUCAUUAAAAAAAAUGGUGGUUCUUGA